AGAAAGUAAGAAAUCAUCCUCUGAUCUCGUUGAGCGCAGACCAAAAUGCAAGAGCAAGCGGCGAGUUCUAUCGCAGCAAAUUCUCUGCCUUCCAGUAGCGAGAGAUCUUCCAGCUCUGCUCUUCAGCUGGAAGUCAAAGAAGGAUUGGAGAGCGAUGACGAAAUAAGGAGAGUGCCGGAGAUAGGGAGCGAAGCCGCCUGUCCGUCUACAUCCGGCAGAGACGCUGGUUCGAUUGCGGGUGCAGACCGGGUUCAGGCCACUGCGGAAGUGGUUCAGCGGAAGAGAGGUAGAAGCCCAGCUGACAAAGAGAACAAACGAUUGAAAAGGUUGCUGAGGAACAGAGUUUCAGCGCAACAAGCUAGAGAAAGAAAGAAGGCCUACUUGAAUGAGCUGGAGGCGAAGGUUAAGGACUUGGAGCAAAAGAACUCUGAGCUGGAAGAGAGGCUCUCAACGUUGCAGAAUGAGAACCAGAUGCUUAGACAAAUUUUGAAGAACACCACUGUAGGCAGGAGAGAAGGAGGGAAUGGUAGUAACAAUGCAGAUAGAGUUGGUGAGUGAGAACAAGUUAAAUUUUCAAUUUUUGUUCGCCAUUUUUCUUUUAUUUAAUCCUUCUGGAGUGGCUUCAACCUUGAAGGGAGGGAGAUGAUAUAUCAAAGAUGUGAAAACUGAGAACUGAGCAUGGAGAUGUUUAUUCUAUCUACAUGAAAAGCACAAUUAAAUUGAUCUACUGUGUAUCAUGUCGGUUGGUUUGGAUAACAACAUGUAUCGUAUCUUACAUUUAUAUGUUGUUUAAACCUAGAGCUAAUUAAUUGUAUAUACCUUGAGGUUGGAGGAAACUACAUAUAUCAUGAUUUGGAUCGUUAUU